AGCUAGGACAGGCUUCCCUGGUGUCCCUGCUCCAGGGGACGUCCCCGGCCACCGGACUGGCUGCUCUGGGGGAAGCAAGUGUGUCCGGCUGCUCGGGCAGCGCUGGCGGAGAGCUGGAAACAGUUAAGCAGCGUGUCUGCGUGCAUGUGUGCUCCCCGCCUGCUCCCACCCCCGCUGCUGGAACAGCUCAGCCUUUGCACCGCCGGGGAUGUCCUGUUUGCUUCUGCCGAGAAAUUAGAUGGCUGCCUGGGCAGACAGGGUCAAUUUUAUUAGCUCGGUACAGUCGUCCCGCAUGGAAAAAUCGGAGCUCUCCAGCUGACCGCCUGCGGGAAGGUCUUUGGCCAGGAGUGCUGUUGCCUGGGGUGAAUGGUGCUGGGGUGGCUGAGGUGGGGGAUCAAGGAGGCCAGUGGUCAUGCUGGUAUUUUUUUCUGCAUUUAAUCCACGGUUUCCAAUGAACAAAGCCAGGAUUAACAGCUCCUGCCAUGAAACUGAAGCCAAGAAAGCUUGUGACUGGCUGCGAGCGGCGGGAUUCCCUCAGUAUGCCCAGCUUUACGAAGACUCGUUGUUCCCUCUUGACAUCAGUGCUGUGAAGAAGGACCACGGCUUCCUGGACCAGGACUCCCUCAAAUCCCUGUGCAGGAGGCUGAUGACCCUGAACACAUGUGCCUCCAUGAAGCUGGAAGUUCACUAUCUGCAUAAACGGAAUGAAGACUCCGAAGAGGAAGACCUGUAUGCCAUCAGCAACCGGUGGGCUUUUCAGAGGGACAGCAAGAGGUGGUCCCGGGUGGGGUCCAUCGAUGUUCUCUCCCAGAGCUCCGAGGUCCUGAGCUCCACCAUGCGACAGGCAUCCAGCCAUGAGAGUGUCCUCACGGACCUCAGCACCAACCCGGAGGCUGUGUCCUUGCACAGCAGCGGCAGCAUAGGCAGCACGGGUGGCAUGCUGGGCAUUGGGGAUGCACCACCCAAGCCCCUGUCCCCCAUCCAUGUCACUGCUGCUGCCAUCAUCGCCUCCAGCCACAGCUUGAGUGAACGCUCCUUGCUGGAGCAGCCCUCGAGCCACAGUGAGAGCUCCAAGGAGAAGCCAAAGAAACGACGGUCUCGCAGCUUCCUGAAGAGAAUUGAGUCCCUUCGAAGGAAGGACAAAGAGAAGGCCAGCCCAGACGAGAAGGUGGCCCCAAACAGCAGCAUCGCAGCCACACCAGGGUGGGGCUCCCUGAAGAGUAACAGGGACCUUGCAGCCACCAAGGCCAGCUCCUCUAAAAGAGGGUUAUCUGCUUCUUUCCAUGGCAAAAAACACUUCUUCUCGGUGUCGUACAGGACUAACCGCUUGCUAGGCUUAGGUGGGAGCAAGGUGAGCUCUGACUCGAAACGCAGCGGAGUCUACCUGGAGGACUAUGAAAUGGCCAUGACAGGCAGCGGUGACUGGGCUGCUGGAGGGUGCCAGCACCGGCAGGCACGCCAGGGGGACUGCUUGGUCUACAUCCCCCAGGACCACAAGCCAGGCACCUUCCCCAAAUCCCUCUCCAUUGAGAGCUUGUGCCCCUUGGGUGGCAGCUCCCUGACCCACUGGAAAUCAGGGAAUGUGCCCAUCGGGCUGGUGGGGGGCAGUGGGGGUGGCAGCAGCAGCAGUGUGGAGGGCUUGUCCUCCCCACGGGGCUUUGCCUGCCGCCGCCGGCGGGGCUCCUGCAGCUCCCUGGGCAGCCGGGUCAGCGUGUAUGACAACGUGCCAGAGUUCGGCAGCAGCGAGGACUUCUGCAAGGACGGGGAGGUGACCUAUGAGAACCUCGACGACAUACUGCAGCACAUGUGGGGGCUGCAGCAGAAGGUGGAGCUCUGGUAUAAAGCCAUCUCCCCUGAUCUGGCUGGGGAGGAAGGGGGCGAGGAGGAGGAGGAGGAGGAGUCGGACUCAGGAGGGGAACCCUCCAACCUGCACUUUGAAGAGCGGUCCAUGUCGGAUGUUGGCACUUCUGCCAGUGACUUUGACAGCACGGGCAACUCCCUGAAUGAGGCCGAAGAGAUUGAGAUGCGGGAGCGCCGGGACUCAGGGGUGGGAGCAUCCCUCACCAGACCCUGCAGGAAGCUGCGUUGGCACAGUUUCCAGAACUCGCACCGGCCCAGCCUGAACUCUGCCUCCCUGGAGAUCAACCGCCAGUCCUCUGCCCAGCUCAACCUGCUCCAGAAGUGCUCCCUGCUCCGUCUCACGGCCAUCAUGGAGAAGUAUUCUGUGCCCCACAAGCAAGCCUGGACAUGGACUGUGCCCAAGUUCAUGAAGCGGAGUAAAGUCCCCAACUACAGGGACAAGAUGGUCUUUGGGGUGCCACCCAUCAUCAACGUGCAGCGGACAGGGCAGCCACUGCCCCAGAGCAUCCAGCAGGCAAUGCGCUACAUCCGCAGCCAGUGCCUGGACCAGGUUGGCAUUUUCCGAAAGUCAGGGGUGAAGUCCCGGAUUCAGGCGCUCCGUCACAUGAAUGAAACCAGCCCUGACAACGUCAACUAUGAUGGGCAGUCAGCAUAUGACGUGGCUGACCUGCUGAAGCAGUAUUUCCGUGACCUGCCAGAGCCCAUCUUCACCAGCAAGCUGACCGACACCUUCCUGCAGAUCUACCAGUUCGUGUCAAAGGAGCAGCGGCUGCAGGCAGUGCAGGCAGCCGUUAUCCUCAUGCCGGAUGAGAACCGGGAGGUGCUGCAGACCCUGCUCUACUUCCUGAGUGACAUUGCCUCCGCGGAGGAGAACCAGAUGACUGCGGGGAACCUGGCCGUGUGCCUGGCCCCCUCCAUCUUCCACCUCAAUGUGUCCAAGAAGGAAAGCACCUCGCCGAGAGUGAUACACAAGAGGGGCACCAUGGGGAAGCCUGACCAGAAGGACCUCAAUGAGAACAUGGCUGCGACGCAGGGGCUCUCGCAUAUGAUCACCGACUGCAAGAAACUCUUCCAGGUCUCCCAUGACAUCUUGCUGCAGCUGAGCAGCUCCUAUAUGGCUGCAGAUGCUUACCCCCAUCCCCUGUCUGACUUCAUGUGUCAGGGGGAAAGCAAGGAUUUACAUUCCUACUUUGAGCAGAGUGUCCAGAACCUGCUCAAAGAGUCAUCAGAGAAAUUCAAGGGGUGGCUGAGCACCCCAGGACCCCUGAACACGGAGCUCUCCUGCAAAAAGGUUGGAGAUGGGCACCCUCUGCGCUUGUGGAAGGUCUCCACAGACGUCGAGGCCCCUCCUGCCAUGGUGCUGCACCGGGUGCUUCGGGAGCGUCACCUCUGGGAUGAGGACCUGCUGCAGAGCAAAGUUGUGGAGGCCCUGGACAAGAACAUGGAGGUCUACCACUAUGUCACGGACAGCAUGGCACCGCACCCGCGCAGGGACUGUGUUGUGCUCCGGUGCUGGCGCAUGGACCUGCCACGGGGAGCCUGCCUGCUCAUCUCCAUCUCGGUGGAACACGACAAGCUGCCGGUGGAGGGGGGUGUCAAAGCCAUCGUACUGACAUCCCAGUACCUCAUUGAGCCCAGCGCCAUGGGCCGCUCCAAAGUGACCCACAUCUGCAGAGCUGACCUCAGGGGCCGGUCUCCCGAGUGGUACAACAAGGUCUUUGGCCACCUCUGUGCCAUGGAGCUGGUGAGGAUCCGAGACUCUUUCCCAGUCCUGAGUCCCAACGGCCCUGAGACAAAGAUCUGAGGCACCAGGAAGAUGCUCUGUCCUGUCUGACAUGGACUUGCCGGUGGAUUUGGGCUGGGGCUCCUGGAUGGGACCGUGACACGAGCAGCUGGUCGUGGAGGGGAAGGUGGAGGCUGGCACGCUCGCAGGCACAUAUUUAUAAGCGUCCUUUUCCCCUGGGCUGGGCAUUCUGCAUCCCACCGUCCUGGUUGCUGCUUCAGCCGCCCCUUGCUCAAGUGUGCCACGUAGCAGGCUGUCUGCAGAGGCGAAGCCGUGCAGCCCCUGGUCUCUGCAGGAGGUUGGUGAGCAGAGGGAAAGAGAGGGGCUCUGGGGGUGACCCUCAGGAAGGCAUCCCACAGGCAGGGCUGGGAAGCAGCUGGCUCAGGUUCAGCUGGGUUCCCCCAUGCAAGCCGGGAGCAGCUGGGAGGGGGGUGAAGGUGCGUGGAGCAAAGCAGGAGGGUAUGGGAGAAGUGAGCGGGGAGGACAGCGUGGCUCAGUAGGUCACAAGUGCUGUGUUGGGAAGUGAAGGGUGGGCAAACGAGGGGUGGAUUGUGCUGUGGUGUCACCCAGCGGGGACCGCCAGGAGUCACAAUUUGGUAGUGGAAGAGGCGGCUGUUCUGGGAGGAGGGGGGCUACACAGAGAUAUAUAGGUAUGUCUUGAGUGGUAGAAAAAAACCUAUUGCACUUUUGGUGCUGAAUUUCAUAGAAGAAAAAGCCCCCCAGUCCUGUGCCUCGCUUUUGCUCAGCUGAAAGCCCUCUCUUGUGCACGGGGUUUUGGUGGGGCUGAAUGGGCGAUGCUCCAAGCCAAACCUGUCCCUUCAAACCAGCCUACCAGCUGUUCGGAGGAGCCCCAGGGCAGCUGCCUGGGCAGGCGGGUACCAGCUGGGCAGGGGCAGUGGCCCCUCAGGGCAGUUCGGUGAUGUGUGAGGGAGGGACACGGCCAGCGCAGCAGCUCCCCGUUCAUAUUCCAGUGCUGGGGAGAGCGGAGGAGGGCAGAGCAGCCUCGGCAGCGCUCUGGAGUGAAAGCUUUGGCCAAGGCAGCGUGAGUGCACCAAAGGGCUGUGCUCAUCCCAGCUAACGAGGGGACCAUGCCAGCAAAGCAUGGUAGCCCAAGCUGGGCCAAGCAUGUGCCAGUUGCUUGGGCCAGGCUCAGUCCCGUCCUCUGCAGUAAGGUGGGAACUACAGGUGGCAGAACCUGUGCCCCUCCUGGGUGCAGAGCUGCUUCCCUAACGCUGCUCCCUCAGAGAUGACCAUUCCCCUUCCCAUCCCUCCCUUUCCUCCACAGAGAAGCCGUUUGCAUAGCUAAUAGCACCUGGGAGCUAACCUGGUUUCUCUGUUCAGGCAGGGACCCAAAUUACCAGACAAUCAUUUCAACUGGAAGGCAACAUGACCCACACACGGGAGUGGUUCCCCAGUGUCAGUUUUGCUGUAACGAAUCCUAUCUGUCUCUCUUUUGGUGAAAAAAAGUAACUCAGCCUGUAUUCUUUGUUUUUAUAUAUAUAUAUUUUAUAUAUAUAUAAAAAUAUAACUAACAUUUGGGGGAGUGAUUUUUCUCCUAAUAUUUUAAAUUUUUUUUCUAUCUAUAAAUACUUGUACAGUUGGAAUAUUAAUAUAUAACUCUAGCAGUAGAGCUCAGCACGAGGUGAUGCUCACUUAAAAGACGUGUAUUUUAUAUUUAAGGGACUUUUGUAUUAUAUGCAACUGCAGCAGAUUGUUUGACUUGGAUCGGGGCUGCUCUUCCGAUCUGUGUAAUUAAUAAAAUACUAAUGGUA